AUGGCGAAGCGGGGGCUGUCGGGGGGCGCUUGGGGGGCUCUGGUGCUGCUGGGGCUGAUGCUGCCGGCAGCCCCGACGUGGGCUUGGUACAAACACGUCGCCAGCCCCCGAUACCACACGGUGGGACGAGCUUCGGGGCUGCUUAUGGGGGUCCGGCGCUCCCCUUACCUCUGGCGUCGGGACUCACCGGCAGAGCGCCCCGCGAACCGGCCCGGGGCAGCCGCUCCCGCAGCCGCUGCUGCUUCCCCGCCGCAGCCGCCCCCCGCCCGCCCCGCCGGGGACACUCCGCUGCCUCCUCCCGCUCCCGGUCGCCUCCUGCAGAGGCUGCUCCGGAGGGGAUGGGGAUGGGGGGGUCCUCGACCGACUCCCGCCAGACCCCCCCCGCCAGGGCCCCGCGGAGCUCAGCUUCUCCAGCUUGAAGACGUGGCCCUGAUCCACUGA